GCCAGGAAGCAGUGAGCCCAGGAGUCCUCGGCCAGCCCUGCCUGCCCACCAGGAGGAUGAAGGUCUCCGUGGCUGUCCUUUCCUGCCUCAUGCUUGUUGCUGCCCUUGGAUCCCAGGCCCAGGUCACAAAUGAUGCAGAGACAGGGUUCAUGAUGUCAAAGCUUUCACUGGCAAAUCCAGAAGUUCUGGACAGCUCUCACGCUAUUAAUGCUGACUGCUGCACCUCCUACAUCCCAGGAAGAAUCCCGUGUUCACUCUUGGAGGGUUACCUUGAAACAAGCAGCAAGUGCUCCAAGCCAGGUGUCAUCUUCCUCACCAAGAACGGGCGACGUUUAUGUGUCAGUCCCAGUAAUAAGCAAGUUCUGGCUUGCAGGAUAAUGCUGAAGACCACACAGAUCAAGGCCAGGAAGAAGUGA